AUGCAGUGGAGAUGGCUGCCUCUCGGUCCAAUGACGCUCAACGAUGGACAUGUAGCAGAAUCAUUAAAGGAGACUCGGGACGUGUCUGGUGUGAGUGAUAAUGUAACAGAUUGUGUGCAGUACGGAGUGCGGACGGUAGGUUUUCGGCAAUCAAGGUUUUUCCUGAGACUGAACUGCCACAUUUCCCAUGCAAGAGAGGCAAUGACCGCAAUGGUUCAUGGCACUGCCAUUUUAUUUUUAUCAAUACCUUCUGGCUGUACUGCAAGACUUCGCCUCCGUCUGUUACUGCGUUCCCCUGCUGGCAGUGGGCGUACCUUGCCUCCUGGACAAGGUAAGACAGAUGAUGAGAUUCGUGGUACUAAAGUUGGACGUGAUACAGCCGCAACCAUUUGUACUUUGUGGGGUAGACUGGAGCCGUGGACUCUGGAGAGUUUCCACCAGGUUCUGAAUGACGAUACAUCACUUGAAACUCCAGUAGUGCUCUUCCUUGGUCUUUACUCUGUACACCAUAUCUUGCGUGCGUCGCUUGGAGCCUGGCAAUUUGUUCGUGAAGAUAAAACCAAAGUCAUGCACCGAAAAAGUUGCUGUGGAUAUCAAAGGUGGCGGGGAAAAUACAAGAGUCCGGCGGAGCAUAGAGGCCAGAACACGCAGUUUUGUGAGAAGCGCACCAACGUUUUGUCCACUUGGGACGGUUCCACAAUGUCUCCAAGUCUUUAUCAAUUUCUUGUCGGGCCUGGUACAAUAUUGUGCACUCAAAUGCCAGAGUGGAUCGCUCCGUCUUGUGUGGCGCCAACUGGGCGACUGCGCAAUUUCCAGGAGACUGUAGGGUACAAUGAGCUGUUUCCAACAGACGCCGUGGACUUCAUUCCCCUGAGUUUGCACUCACAGACAUUUACGCUCGUUAUGAGUUGA